AUAAAAAUCUGUUUGGUAGUUUUUGAGACGUUUAGAUAGAUGCAGCACUUUAUUUUUUAAUAUAAAGUUGUAAUCUAAUGAUAAUUCCCUAUUAUUUUUGGGCCACGCCAUCAGAAGGUGAGUAUUAUGUUCAUUUUUAAAUGCAUUGAUGAUUUUUUAAAUAAAAUAGAUAAAAUACAUAAUUACUUUUAAAAUUAAGAGUAAUAUGCCAUGUAUUAAAUACUGUUUUUUUCCGUUUCCGGUCUCUGGAACGUAAACAUCACUGAGAUUCUAUCCGUAACAAAUCAUUUUAAAUAAAUAGUGUGAAGCCGUGUUAGCCGUCAAAACUACUGUAAAUCACAAAGUGGCACUUCGGUGAACACAGAAGAAAGAAAACUCCGGGCUACGAACAACAUAUAUCCAUUAAAGUGCAGAAGAAAAUCCACAAUAAAGUUUGAGGUUAGAACAUUUAACAUCGUUCGAAAUAAAUUUUGUCAAAAUACUUAACGUCAUCCUGUCAAGUUGGCAUUACCUCCAACGAACGAACCUAACGUCAAUUUAUUAAGUUGUCAUUACCGCCAUUGAAGCAAUGAAUGACAAAUACCUCACGUUAGACCAUUAAGUUGGUAUAACUGCGAGUGAACGAUUGGUUGACCCCCAGUGUUGCAAGUGCAUGAAAAUAAUAAAUACGAUUUAUAAUACGUUCCGUUCCACGGUACUUGUACUAAAAAUAUGGAGGAACAAUUUCAAUUAUUAUUUAACAACAUGAAAUUAGAAAUGCAAAAACAAACAGUUGAGCUAACCGAAUCACUUACAAAAAACCUAAUGGAUAGGAUGGAUGAAAAACUUAACCCUAUUAUUGAAGAAAAUGAACAAUUAAAACAAAAAGUUUGCGAUUUAGAGAAAGAGGUAGAAUAUUUGAAAAGAGAAAAGAAAGGUAACAACAUUAUUAUUUUCGGGCUGGAAGAGGGAGAAAACUCGAUAUCAGAGCUAUUUAAAAGUGUCAAGGUUAUCCUGAAAGAAGACCUCAACAUAAAUAUGGAGCAAUUCGAAAUAAACAAUUUAUACAGACUGGGAAAAAAUAAAGUUCAGAAUAAACCAAGGCCGGUGCUAUGCUCUUUUAUAAACACAUGGAAAAAAGAUGAAAUAAUGAAGAACAGGAAAAAUCUAAAGAAAAUUUAUAUAUCAGAAGAUUACUCAAAGGAAGUUUUGGAGAAAAGGAAAGCACUGCUACCACUUUUAAAAGAAGAGAGAGAGAAAGGAAAUAUAGCUUUUCUGAAUUACGACAAACUAGUAGUUAAAGAACCCAACGCAGAAAAAAGGAAAAGGGAGCCAACUACCUCACCAUCACCAUCCAAAACCCAACCCAAAAAACAACUUAACCUAAACUCUGCUAAAAAUAACAGGAUGCAUGCUUUCGAUGCAACGAGACCCAGAUCGAAUUCUCUGACAAGCAAACCUAUAUCCAAUAAACAAUAGCAAUCAAUCGAGAAAUGGAAAACCCAAACAAACUACGAAAAUAAACAAACAGAAAAAAUACAUCUUCCCCCAAGCCGACUGGUCCUCGUGGGGGACAAAGACCAUAACCCUCCAACAACACAUAGAAAUUACAAAGAAACAAAUAUUUACGUCGCAGCCCUUAACGUGCGCACGCUGAGAAAUGAAGAAAAUCUUAUAGAACUAAAAAAUGCGUUAAAACAAAUUAAAUGGGAUAUCCUGGGCCUCAGCGAAGUAAGACGAAUGGGAGAAAAAAUUACCUCUGAACCAGACUUCUUAAUGUAUCAUAUAGGAACGACGCCAGGCCUUCAUGGCGUUGGUUUUAUCGUGAAAAAAUAUCUUGAAAAAUCAAUUGAAGGAUUUAUCGGAAUCUCGGAACGCAUAGCAAUGAUGAACCUAAAACUACCGGGGUAUAAAGAUCCUUGGUCUAUUUUACAAAUAUAUUCACCAACAGAAAAAUCGGACUUAGACACCAUAGAGAAAUUCUACCUUGACCUAAAUAACACUAUCCAAGAACAGGCCCACAAAAACUUGAUCAUCAUGGGUGACUUCAAUGGCCAAAUUGGAACUAGACGCCCAGGAGAGGAAACAGCAUUAGGACCAUUCAUAUACAGAAAUAAAACUAGAAGCAGAAAUGGAGAAAAGCUUAUAAACUUCACGCUAGAAAAUAAAUUAACCAUUUUAAACUCAGUGUACAAGAAAAACAAAAAGAAGAUGUGGACAUGGAUUUCACCA